AUAGUUUUACUUUAAGGGAAACACUGUGGUUGUAUUGUUUAUACAGCCUCUGGUGAUAUGAGUGAAGGUGUGGUCCUCCUCCUUUGUGGAGCCAAAUUUGGUUUCAAACACACCACCAGGAGCCAUUUUAUUUUAAGGAACGCGGCAAUAGCAUGGUUUGAAUGCGGCUCCGCUUCACAGAAGCGCCUUUCACAUUUAACACGGGGGAAUUUUCAUAGAGAGAUGUUUUUGAACGGCGUUUAGAGGCGUGUCCUUCGACAGGGGGCCUUUUUUUUUUUCUUUUCUUUUUUUUUUUUUACAAUUUUUUUUUUACCAAUUCAGCCCCGUGGGAGGAGAGUUUACACAUGACUCCUUUCCAUCCUCCCAGCCACCAAUAGGACGCCUCUUCAGGGAGUGUGCACAGCAUGUUAAAUAACAGAGAGGGAUUUCUUUGAAUCAGCUUGGUCUCAUCGCCAGGUUUCCAGUUUUUGGACUAAUAAUGCCUGGCAUGAAAGGAAGAAAGUUCACGUCCGUUUUACGAGGGCUGAUUCCCUGGGUUCUGUUGCCCAACAUCAUCCUGGUGCUGUACUGCUUGACAAACCCAAGACAAGUGGACCUCGGGCCCCCCCGAGAAGACACGUGUCCUCUCAGCACUGCUAAAUCACCCGCGUCAUUUCAAAGCACAAAGUCCCAGUCGGAGGAGUGCUCACCCAAAGUGAACAUCAUGUUCAUGAAGACCCACAAGACUGCGAGCAGCACCAUCCUCAACAUCCUCUUCCGAUUUGGAGAGAAGCACAAGCUCAGGUUUGCGUUCCCCGACCGUCGCAACGACUUUUUCUACCCGUCACCUUUCCAGUGCUCCCAGGUGAAGGACUACAGGCCCGGAGAGUGUUUCAACGUCGUUUGUAACCACAUGCGCUUUGAUCGGCGAGAAGUAGCGAAGCUCCUGCCCAAAGAUGCCGCGUACAUCACCAUUUUGCGGGACCCCGUGGAUCUCUUUGAGUCGGCCUUCCAUUAUUACCACAGAGCGGUUCCCUUAACGUGGAGGAUCGGUGGCGAGAGCAAACUGGAAGAGUUUCUGAACAAUCCUCGGGCCUUCUACAGUCCAGAGGCGUACAACUCAUUCUACCUGAAGAAUCUGCUCUCCUUUGACUUUGGUUUGGAUAACAACCUGGAGGCUGACGAUCCCCGCGUCAUCAAAGACAUUCACAACUUGUCAAAACAUUUCCAUCUGGUCCUCAUUGCCGAAUAUUUUGAAGAGUCUCUCAUCUUGCUGAAGGAUUUGCUGUGCUGGAGCACGGAGGACAUCCUGUAUUUUAAGCUUAACGCUCGCAGGAACUCGUCUGUGUCUCGGCUGAACCCGGAGAUGAGAGCCAAAGCUUUGCAGUGGAACGGCGCUGACUGGAGACUCUAUCAGCACUUCAACGCUACCUUCUGGGCCAGAAUAGAGGCUUAUGGAAGAGAGAGAAUGAAGCAGGAGGUAAAACAGCUGAGGAGAAGAAACGCUGAGAUGAAGGCCACCUGUAUUGAAGGUGGAGAUGCAGUUGAAGCCCAGAAGAUUCAGGACAGGCAUUUCCUGCCCUGGCAACCAGUUGGAGAGGCCUCCAUAAUGGGUUACAACAUGAAGAAAGAUAUAGAUCCCAAAUUCAGGACAAUCUGUGAGAAAAUGCUCACACCGGAAAUACAGUACUUAUCAGAUUUGGGUGUAAAUCUGUGGGUUACUAGACUAUGGGGUUGGUUACUAGACAAAAUUACCAAGUGCUUUUAUAACUGAAUUAAAACAUGUACUAUACUAAAAUGAUGCCAUUGAUACUGCAACAUGUAUACAUGGUGCCAACAUCUAACAAACGUUAUUUUAGUACAGUUUUUUAUCUAAAGGGAAAUACUUGUUUGAGUUUUGCUGAACUGGAGAUGUGGUCACGUAACAUACCACAAGAAAGACAUGUAACCGUAAAAUGCCGAAUAGAUUAACCCCAGAUAGAGAAACACACGUGUACCUCGGCUAUGCAGAAAAUGUUAACAAUGUCCGUGUGUCAUCAGCAUCAUUGUUGUAUGUAAAGACUGAAGCUGCCUCUGUGGCUGAGUUACUUGAUAAGCUCUUCUACGAUAUUGAGCACUGCAAAGAUUAAUGUUUUAUGUAUGUGGAGUAUUGUUGAUGCACUGUAGGGCCUUAAAUGGUUUAUGGGGUUUAUGGUUGUCACUGCAAAAUAUGCUAUCUAGGAACCACUUUCUCAGUUUUUUCUCGUAGUGUCCCUAACUAUUGCCUGAUUUUAAUUUCCCGUUUUCAGGGCACACGACAUAAACUUUGUAAAUCGGUGCUAUUUUCUGAUAUGCCCAACUCUAAUCACGCCAGAGCCUCUUGAAAGUACAGGUCUCAUUAUCCAGGACGACAAACAGUGUUAGUGUGCUCUCUAGAGGCCCAAGACUCAAGUGCAGUUGUUUGUCACAGCUGUGGCCUCUCCUGACCUUGUGUCAAAAGUUUACAUGAGGCACCUUCAUUCAACCGUACUGAUUUAACGUGGGCAUGUGUACAUUUUAACAGUAAUAAGGCUUUUGUGACUUAUCUUAGAAUUAGUUUUGACUAAGAACUCUCAAACAACCUCCGAGGUGGUCUUUUCAUGCAGUGACAAACAUAAAUCACUAUUUGUGUUACUAUAAAUGAUAGCACAACAAUCUGGGAGUAAGUUGUGAGUCAUCGUUUGUACUGUAUAAUAUAUGAAUUAUAGUAAAACAUGUGACUAUAAUCACUGAAAUCUACCUGGAAUCUGUUUUUUUUUUUUUGUAAACAUGAAUAUGAUGUAAACAUUAAUAUCAUAUUAUUAUGUGUACUUGCAUGUAUGUUUGUUAGUGGCAGCGCUCACAUAUUUAUGUGUCUGUCCUGUUUGUGACCCUCUACUGCUUGUGUUUUUCUAUUUUUAUUCUGCACUGUGUAAUAAAGCAGAAGUGCUCAAAAUGCCAGUUUUGCAAAAUACUACAUACUUGCCCAGUCAAUGGGCAAAAAAAAAAAAAAAAUCAAAGCUUGACAAUUUCACAAUAAAAUACUGUAUUCCAGCAUCCACCAUGCCUGCUGAUGUUAUUGAGCUCAUGCAGUGAGUAGAAACUUUACUAAAUUCUCUUGGCUGACAUACAAGUUUGGCUUUUCUCAGCAACAUACACCGAUCAGCCACAAAAUUAUAACCCUCCCCUCACUUUCAUCCUGUUGCUAGACACUACAAGACACCCUCAGAAGACACAUGUCCACUCUCUGAUGAGUCCAAACUGUGUAAUAUUAGGCAAGUGGUCAUAAUGUUACUCCUGAUCAGUGUAUACUAUCAAACUGUUCAAAAAAUGUAUUAACGUAAGUGCCAAAACAUAACCUAAAUUUAAUUUGUAUGUGAGGUUCUUCAGGCAGUCGUGUUACAUAACGUGACCAGGGUAUAUACGACUAGUAAUAAUUAACAUAAGUAGAAUAAUAAAACUAUUUAAAUACAAAUGCUCAUGGUUCCUACGAUUUGAAUAAGUGCACUGUCACAUUCAACGAGAUAAAUCAAUACGCUUUUAGACUUAUAAGACAUUGACACAUGUUUAAUUUAACAAUUUACAAUCUGUGAGGAGAACAAGUGAAUUACAAAUGACAUCAAGCAAGGGGGUGAGGCGACAGGAACUAUUGUGCCAUCUUCGUGGAGUUGUGGACUAUCAGCCAGCUCCUACAGGUCCUCUGGUAGCCGCUGCUAGCCUGCUCACGACUUGGGGCACACUGUUCAUGUCGACUGCUGCUGGAUUCAGGUGUGGAGACCAGGAAGAAGAAUGGAUCAUGGACGUGACACAACAGCUGUACUUCAGCCUUGGAUGACCGCGGUCUACGUCUUAUUCAUCGCCUCCUUUCUCAUAAU